AACUAACGCAGCACAUUGAACCAGUCAGUUUAAGGAUACAAGCAGUACAAGUGAAGAAAACGGGACUCCAUAAUGAUGAUGUACACAGCAGGACUUGGUUGUGCGCUGUUGCUCCUAAUUCUGCCUUUUGGAGAGGCACAAACUAGAUACUGCUCUAAUGGCGGAUGUCCGUCUGGGCAGAAAUGCGUUACACAGCGAGUCCCGUGCUACGCUCCACCAUGUAAUUCUCUACGCGUCUGCGUGGAUGACCCAUGUCAAAAUUGCAACGGCUUGUGUACAUCUGAGGACACUUGUGACACGCCGUGUAGACUUCAAUUUGACUGUGUUAUGCCCCCUCCCGCAACUUGUGCAGCCACGCUUUGUGCAGUCGGCAACGUGUGCGUAGAGGACCCAACCGGAGCCAGAUGUGUGCCGACAUGUCAGCUCCGCUUUUGUCCACAUCCACAAAGAUGCAUAGACACCCCCACUGGUUCAAUGUGUGUGCUGUAAUACCAUUAAGAUGCCACUUCCAUGCCAUUAAGAAACUGUUGAAGCUGUUUGCAGAACGUCUUUUUUUUCGUUUUUGCAAUUCAUGGUUG